AUGUUUCAUCUGCGGGAGCCAUGGCCGGCCUCUUGGCACCUCGCUGCUGCACUUGGCAAUGGGCGAUGGACGAGGAUGUGUGUCCAAUGCGGCAGCAGCAGCAGCGAUAGCAGCGGCGGAAGCAGCAGGAGCGUGCGGCCCAGCCGCUUGCAAUGGCGGGAGACGAGGCAGGACAAGCGGUCGGCCAGGGAGGCCAUGACGGUGGCAAACCGGGUCAUGGCGUCCGAGGAGGCGAGCUUGCGCAAGAGUAUGGCCAGAAAGGCGAGCAAGCUGCUGCCCAGCUCGCUGCUCGACAUACUGUCGGACAGGAUCCAGCGGGGCCAGUGGGAGGCGGCGCUCAAAGUGUUUGAGCUCCUCCGCUCGCAGCAAUGGUACCAGCCAUACGCCGGCACCUACAUCCGCAUGCUGGAGAUGCUGGGCAAAUGCAAGCGGCCGGACGAGGCCGCCUCCCUCUUCCAGACCAUGCUCGCCGACGGCUGCGGCCCCAGCCGGGAGGCAUUCACGGCCCUCAUGUCCGCCUACACGCGCAGCAACCUGAUGAGCACCGCCAUGGAAGUGCUCCAAGCCAUGAACGCCACCCCGCACUGCUCGCCUGACGUCUUCACCUACAGCCUCCUCAUCAAGUCGUGCUGCGACUGCGGCCAGCUGAGCCGUGCCGCGGACCUCCUGGCCGACAUGACCGCCCGAGGCAUCCAGCCCAACCGCGUCACCUACAACAUCAUCCUCGACGCCUAUGCCAAGUGCGGCUCCCUCGACAAGCUCCACGACCUGGCGCUCCAGAUGCUCCAGUCGCCCUCGCCCUCGUGCAGGCCCGACCACUGGAGCCGCAACGCCAUCGUCAAAGGCUUUGGCAACCGCGGCGACAUCCGGCGAAUGGAGGAGUGGUUCCAGAGGCUGACCACGCCCAGCGACGGCCCCGACUCGCUCACGCUCCACUCGCUCAUGGCCGCCUACGCUAAGGCCGAGAUGUUCGACAAGAUGCACGCGGUUGUGCGCUACAUCCACAGGUACCACUACCAGGUUGACGCCGUCACCUACAACAUCCUCAUCAACGCCUAUGGCCGUGCCGGCCGCAAGACGCAGAUGCUCAAGACCUUCACCAGCAUGAAGUGUGGGGGCGUCCGGCCCGACUCCGUCACCUACUGCACGCUCAUCAACUUCUACGGCAAGUUUGGGAUGCAGCGCAAGCUCCCCAGGCUGCUGGAGCAGAUGAGCAUGCACAAGGUCCAGCCCGACACCGCGCUCUACAACUCGGUGCUCGACGCCUACAGGAGGGCCUCCGACAUCAGCAGCAUCGACCGCUACUUCGCCGCCAUGCAGGAGCAGGGAUGCAAGCCCGACCACCUCACCUACAACAUCCUCAUCCAGGCCUACCGCUCUCAGGGCCUCACGGACAAGGCCGACGUCAUGGCUGUAGAACAGGAGAAGCUGAAGCAGCGGGACUCGAUCAACAGGUUGUUUGUUUCGUCGCUUGAGCCCCCAAAGACUAGAUCCAGGCUCGACGCAAACGAGCUGAGAAGUUCUUCCCCAGCCAUUUGUUUCAAUGCGGACAGAGAGGGCACCCAGGUCAUACAUUUGGCGGUUGAAAAGCCUCGUCACUUUCUUAAGAGGAGUCCCCAAUCCGACUGCCUGCUGAGCCCUUCCUACCCAAUGAUCAAAGUUUCACAACAUCUCGCUGCCAUAAGGGUCGUUGUCAUUUUUGUGAACGUUGCUCUCAAGUCUUGGGCAUGCCUGGACGACACUCUGACAAUGCAUUUCUUGGUCAGCCACCAAGGAGAUAAGGUGCUUGCUGACGAUCGAAGACGUUAG